CGAUAUUGACCAGCCUGUAAUAACUUCAAUAUACCUAGGUACCUAUACAUGAACAUAUACGGCAACGCGUCUCUAAUUGAGUAUCGCCUUUUUACAAUGAAUGAUAGUUACACACGAAUCGUAACCUCGUUCGCCCUGAGAUGAAUCACUUCUCCCUGUUCUCUUACUCGAAAUGGCGCCGACAUUCUCAGAAGCCACGGCCGUCGAGGCUCUAGAUUCUCACACCUACUCUGCAAACUUCGAAUCAGAAUGGUGCGUAGGCUCCGUACCCCACGGCGGCGUGGUGACAUCAAUCUUUCUUCGCGUCGCCGCGACUCAUUUUCGCACGACUCUGGCGGCGCAGAAUCAGCCGCACACGAUAUCUCUGCAUGUCGAGUUUCUACGCCGAACUCAGGAGGGCUCGGCUACUCUGGUGGUACGCGAUGUCAAGCUCGGCCGCCAGACGUCAACUAUCCAUAUCGCCCUGUCGCAGGAGGGUCGCGAGGAGGUCGUGGGAUAUCUUACGCACUCGAACUUGGCUGCCGAAGCCGGGUUGUCCCUGAAGACCUUGUGGUCGUUAUACCCAUCGCCGCCGUUACGGCCGACCAGCUUCGCCGCGCUUCUCGAAAGCGGCAAGGACGCUAGCUGGGCCGAGCAGACGGACAAGCCGCAUUCGAAAUUCCGUAAGGUAUCUAACCGCGUGCGCACCUUUCUUCCGCGGAACGGUCAGGUUGCGCCGGGCCUAAUCGAUCAAUGGGUACGCCUCGACUCGGGGGAAAGAUUCACAAACGAGAGCCUGGGCUUUGUAUCAGAUCACUUCCCCUCCGUCGUGUAUGGUUUAUGGAAUAUGGAAAAGGGAAAUAUUCGUCCGCCGGUCUUCUGGUAUCCCACCGUAGUCCUAAAUUUGGACAUCAAGAAGGCUUUGCCACCCGAGGGUGUAGAAUGGCUAUUCUCGCGAGUGCGGGCAAAGUGUAUCAAGAACGGAAGAAUGGACCUCGAAGUUGUCAUCAUGGACGAGACCGGAGAAGUUGUGGCGCUAAGUCAUCACGUCGUUCUAAUCGUAGGCGCGGAGAGAAACAUGGCAGCACGGAGAACAGUAAAAAUUUGAUAUUGAUACCGAGGUUAUGAGUGUUCAUAAUUCCGUUAUACCAAUACCUUAUCUUGCCAAUAUACAGAUCGACUUAUUCUUGAGCUUGCGCGA